GUAAGCUCCCAGUCCGGGGUGGUGCCUUCUUGAACAACGCUUAAAGAAGGAACCGGUCAUCCCCCUCUUCCAGCACAUUUUCCCCUGCACACUUCCCCGCCCAUUUACCUAUCCUUGGGCUGUCAAUCCAGCAGCAAGGUCAGACGCCCAAGGGGCUCUUAACAAUGCCAGUCCCCGUUGCGGCCAAAGUCGGCGUUGUCGCCGCUUCGGUAGCCGUCGCGGCCGCCAUUGCCAUCUACGAGAUACCAGAAGUCCGCCGCGCCGCCGAAGACCUCCGCCGCCGCAUCGCCAUCGCCCUUCAUUCGCUUGGCGAAAACCUCGAUCCCAGCAGCCGACAGCCCAGCUUUAACCGCCCAGAAGACGCCGAGGGCUUCUAUCAAUCCCACGAUGUCGACGCCGACGAGGAGACGAGGAGGCGGCAACGGGAAGAGCUAAUGUACUGGAACAUGCGUCGGGAGGAGCAGCGGCAGCGAGAACGCCAAGCAAGUGAACAGCGGUCACGCGGCUCGACCUUUGACGAUUUCCUCCGGCCCGAUCGGGCGGGCGACAGCGGAACACUGGUCUACAACACCGGCGCCAAUGCCUGGGAUGCAGAGCCCUCCAACGCCCUCCGCCGCCGAGGCAAUGCCGAGGGCGUUCGCGGUCUCAACGCCGCGAUGCUCUCCAGCCCCUUCAGCGACGAACACGGAAUCGAGCUGCAGCACCGCACCGAAUUUUCGCCGCCGGCGCGCCCCGAAGCCAUGUCGGACAUUUACAGCGCCACGCCGAGGGUGCAGUCUCCCGUCGUAGCCCCUGCCCCUCCAGUGCCCGUUCAGCCUCAGCCUCAACCCGCUCCGGCUCCCAACGAUGUCCUCUUCGACUUUGGAACCCACGACGCCCCCAGCGAGUAUGCCACGGCCGCGAGCGAGGCCCAGUCCGAGCGAGCCGCCACCCCGACCGCCACCACCUCGCGGAGCAUGACCCUCGAGCGCGAGCUGGCCGAGGACGAGUACAUGACGGCCGGGCAAGACGACCGCGCCGCCGCCGACGCGUACGCGUCCAUCCAGGCGUGGGCGCGCAACUCGGCCAACACGGGCUUCUACUCGCCCCUGCCGUCCACCCCGACGGCGCCAUUCUCGGAGCCCGAGGUCAUCAGCGACGGACAGCUCACUCCGACCGAUUCGGAGUCGGUGGCCGGCUCGGGCGUCAACGUCGGCCACGAUGCCGUCUCGGUCACCGAGGGCCGUGAUCUCGAUGUCAUGAGCGAGUCGGACGAGGGCAUACCCACCCCGGGUAGCUGGUCCGAGGUUGGGAGCGUGAUCAGCGAGGGUGAGAGUGCUGCCAGGGCAUAGGAUUCCUUCCCUUUUUUUUCACUCCUCUUCUUCUUCUUCUCUUUCUUAUAUUUGGUGAUUUUCUGGGCUUGUGGGGGGAUAUAUAUAUAUAUAGGCCCGGCCGUUUCCACCGGCUUCCUUGGCGUUUGUGCGACACGGCGUUAACGGAUGGAUGAGAUGGGUUCCGGGUACCGAG